AAAUGUGAGGCGGUAAAACCGGGGCUCUGCGAUCUUCUCACGAUCGAUUCGGAUCGGCGCGCGAUCCGAAAACACUUCGAAACACAGCUUGCGCAGCAAGCCGCAGGCGGUUUAUCGAUUGGGGAACCUCAUCUGGACCGAUUCAUUGAUCGUGGUGAUCCCCGUGGAUAUUCACCGCAGGAGCAUAACUGCUGGAGACACGCGUAGAGAAUUCAGGUGUAAAUGAUCUCAUGGUCCGCCACGAUGUCGUCGACACUAUUACUGAGUUGUGUUUUGACGACAUGGCUGUUCGUCGAUGUAGGAGCGAUCACCGUAUCAAUAGAUCGCGCCGACAUUAAAGCUCCACCAACACGCUCGUCAAUGAUUGCAAACGGAUGGCGACCACUGACCAAUUCCUACGAGGAAACCAUCGGCACCAAUGUAUCGCCAUCCAGCCACCUAGAGAAGAACGUCCAGGUGCAUCCGGUCCUGAGUAAAUUUCAAGAGCAUAUGGCGACCUCGGAGAAACUGAAGCCGCUGCGAAAGGACAAGCCACCGGUUCAUGAAUACAGUCCACCGAGUAUACUCGGCAGUUUCUCGGUGUUUGGACAUGCGGCGACGAAGGCGCGCGGCGAGACCAAGACCCCGAGCAAGCCCAAGGCUUCAGAGACCCGGGAAUACACGUUCCUGAUACCACCGCCCAAGGACGCGUAUCGUUUCGAGGUGAGCCAGCACCGCAAGCCAAUCUUACGCGACACCGGCAACUAUAUACGACAGCCGCAGUACAUCCCGGCGCAGAAUACUCAUCAGCAACUACCGGAUCCCGUGCGCGCCGCGACCUAUUUCAUCAAGAGUUACGCGUCUACCGAUCAUCCAUCGACGCACGCUGCGAGUCACCCGAGCAAUCGUCCUUACGUACCACCCUACGCUAUGCCUCAGGCGUUGCAAUCCUCCCGUCAUCAGGUGAAACCGUUCGAGUCGCUGAAGAUCAACAACGCGAAACCGUAUUUCCAGCCGCCCGGCGCGGAGAUUCCAGGUGACUUCGGCAAACAAAAGAUCGGCAACGAACGCGACACCUAUGACAGAUACCAGGCGCAAACGCACAGCGCGCAGAUCUUGAACGCGGCGAGCAGCGGGAACUUCUACAGCCAAGUGAACCACUCUCCGAAUGGUCACUUCAAGUCCUCCUACGAAAGGGAUCCCGCUUUCCUGGUGCACGAGAGCCACGAGGUCAGCUAUGUCACGUCCCCCGGGACAUAUAACGCGUACAACAACUUCCGGCCCUCGCUGCCUUACGAGACCCUGCUGCCUCCCGCUGUCUACACGUCCUCGUCGACGCCGCCGUCCACCACCGCUGUUACGCGAAAUCCCACAAAGUAUAGUCAGACAAUCGUCGAUGUCGUUCGUGAAAACGAUUACAAACGUCCGGAUCAGAGUAGAAUCAAGCCGGAGAAACUCGAUGGACAGACCGAAUCGCCGAAUUCCCGAACGACGAGCACUUAUUAUGUAUCGGAGCAACAGGACUUGACACCGCCUACGUGGGCGAAAAGCAAAUACACGUCUGACUUAAAUGAAGUUCUUCCAAGGGAGAAUCCGCCGAGCAAGUUCAGCCAAGAGAUCGUGAACCAGAAUCAGAUCACGCAGGUGCCAAAGCUCGUCUAUCAUAGACCGCAAAGCUCCUUCAAUCCUUCCCCUCCUGUUGAGGUUUACUCACCGACGCCGAUACCGGAUUACGAGACACCUGAGAGUAUCUCUCUAAAGCACUUUAACGAGCAACAGUAUCUGUUGCAACAACAGUUGCUGCAGCGCGAUCGGGAAAGACUGGUGGAACAGGAACGCCAGCAGAAACUGGAGAUCGAACGGCAGCAGCAGGAGGAAUUGAAGAAACGGCAGGAAGAGCUGGAUCAGCUUUUACAACAAGAAAAGGAGGAGGAACAGGCAGCCAGACUAGCCAUGGAGUCUGCGAAAAAUCAGUCGCAGGAUAUCGUGAAGAUCUCGCCCGAAACGAUGCCAUACACGAUUCAAUUGGCACAAUUCGAACCGCAGGUCACUACGGACGUCAAUAUCCUUGUAUCGGAGCCCGAUAUUUACAAUGUCGAACAAUUAAAAUUACAGCCUCAGGUACCGCAAGUCCCGGAGAAUCAAGUGAAUCAGAAUUAUCAGUACCAGCAGCAUAAGCAGAACGAGUAUCAGGAGCAACAGGUUGAUUAUCGCGAACCUCAAAUCGAAACGCGGCCGUACCGUCUGCAGAAGCCCUUCCGCGAUCCGCAGCGUCGCAAGAAACCAACCACCGAACCUUCGCCGACGGAUCCACCGAGCCAGUCGCCGGAGACUCCCGUUUCCUUAACCCAUCACGUAGACGAAGUGCCCAUUCAGACAACGCUGGCGCCGGAAUCGCAGACUUUGCCGGCGGUAACGACGCAGAAACCGCUCAGAACUCGUCGUCCGAAUAUCCCGCUUCGACGAAGGAAACCUUCGACGACCACGGAGGAAUCCGUCACGACGUCCUACGCGGAAAAUGAGGAAUUUCUCAAGUACAACAGAGAGGAAGUGCAAUACAAUCAGUACGAUCCGUCGCGCAGAAGACGAAUAAAACCCACCCAAGCGACUUACAACGAGGAGCCAGUCGCGGAGAAGAGGGGCAACGUCAGGAAACGACCUACUUACCGACCCAGAGUGAAUCACGACGACGCCUUCGACGCCCAGGUCGUCACGGAAAGCGCGCAAUUGUCGCUGAAUUCCUACGGACAAACGACGGAAGCGCCAAAUUACAACGAGAACAACCAGUUCCAGACGAAUCAGCCGAGCGUCUCGUACGUAACGAAUCAGCCGGUUAAUCACUAUUAUGAUCACUCCUCGCAGCAGAGUACGGGACCACGCGAGGAGCAUCGCGAGGAGCACCGUGAGGAUCAUCACGAGAAUCAUCGCGAGGAUCAUCGCGAGAAUUACCCCGAGAAUUAUCGCGAGGCGGACGUCACCGUGCCGCCGCAGGAAUAUUUCACGGAGAUCAGCCGCGAAAAAGGCGAGGACAAUGUCGACACGCGUACGAAGAGCGCGAACGUUGUCACUAAUAUACCGCUGGAGGAUCUCUACGUGAAGACCGACGGUAAUUACUACGAUCGUGCGACCACGAUUGCAUCGACGACUACGACGACUACGACGACGACCACCACUCCGCAACCGACGACGCAGGCUCCGCAGAUUGUCUCCUCCACUCUGAGAUCUCACAAGAUGCGCCCCUUGAGAUACGGCAAUGCUACGAGGCCACGCUUCAGCAUCAAGGACUACAAGAGCCGUUUGGACUACAAGAGCCGAUUGUCCCAAGUCACCACGACGGAGGCCGCGCCGACGUCUACCAGCGAAGCCUUCACACGGGGGUCUCAUACCAAGCAGAGAAUGUCGAGUGCGAAAAACCAACAGCUUCAACAGCCGAGCGAUACCACCAGGGAGACCACCGGUAGAUACAAGUACGUCUCUAGGGUAAACUAUCGAACUACUACUACGCCAAGCUCGGCGGUAGCGAGGGAGUACGAACGAUUCUCGGAGGAAACGCCUUCGACGACCGAGAAGAGCAACAAGUUUGUGCCAAAAAGACGGCCGAUUAGCAGCAAUGUGUAUCGAAGCAGGAUCGCAACCACCACGAACAAUCCCACCCGAUCGCAAGUUAAUGGUGAGACAAACGUCCGACAGAGCUCGACACGACCCGAGAACGUAUACUCGUCGUCGAUACGCAAACGGCCAGUCAUAAAGAGCAGAUUGCAUCCGCAUAAGGAAUCCGCGGCCACGGUGUAUCCGGAAAGCAAGCAACAAGAUGAACCCACGGAGAUGGCCGCCGAGGAGACCAGUUUUUAUUCAGUUAUGACGACCGCCGCCUCGUCGUCGACCACCCGUCUCGUAGGCAACGAGAUUGUCAGCGAGAAGGAGGAGACCACGUCGCUCGAGAGCCAUCCAGGGAAACUCGGAGUGCACGAGGACACAAACGAGGAUCACCAGGUCGAAAGGAUCACCGUCUCCCAGGACGAGGAGGGAAAGGCAGCGUUGAUCGACACGACGACGAUCAACGAUGACGAUCGCCAACGAGUCUCCAGCGAGGGGCAGUUCAAUCAGAGUCGGGUCGAGAAGGAAGUCUCCCCGUCCGUCGAGAGCAAAGUCGACGCGCCAGUGGCAGAGUCGGAGGCUGCAGAGACCACAACCAAGUUCGACGUGCAUUCCGACGAGGAGGAACUAUUUGCCAAGGCGUCGCAGAGCGUGGCGGAUCUGACGAGCUCCGCGUCCGCUCUCUACGACAAGCCGGGCUUGUUCAAGGCGGUCUCGCCGGAGAGCAGGCUCGUUUCCUCCCACUUCAAGAUAACCACGGACGAGCCGACGUUACCUAUCGAGGCCUUCUUUCAGGAAUUCUCGAAGAAGAAUUAAUGAUUGACGAAAAUAGUCCGCGCGAGGGCAGACCGAAUCGAGGGUUGCCGAAUCAUGCGAUCGAUAAUUUCCAGUUUCGAAGGCGGAGAAUUGCGAAAGAAUUUGCGAGCAUUUUUCGGAAGCGAAUUACGUCAGAUGCGAUAUUUUCAAUAAUACAGCCGCUGCGAGAAAAUUUAUAUUUUAAAAGAGAAUGUAAAAUGUUACGUUAGGGAGGGCUACAAUUUUUCUCCAAGUAUUAUGUUACUUGUGAAGUCUCUCGACGCGAAAAAGCGUUUCGAGAGAAGAACUCACAUAUAUAUUACGUCACACAUACACCGUAGCCUUAUGCGUACUUAUUUCCGUUUCUAAAGUAUUGUCAUUGCAUCGUUUCGUGAAAAAUUAAAAUGCUCGCGUAUCGAGCACUUCUACACGCGAUCGUUACAUUUCGAGUAUACUUCCCAGUGGAUACUUUCUUAACGAUUAAACCAAAAAUAUUAAGUCCGCGAAGGAGCGCGACUGUACGACGAAACUCCCGGUAGAGCAGUCGCGCUUUUUCUCGUAUCCUCGACAGGACAUUGCGUGCGCAAUACCUGUAAAGAGGCGAAAACAUUCGACCUGCUCAUGUCCUGCGAUAAUGUACAUCCUUUUUUGUACCUUUUUAUUCUAGGUUACUCGUAAAGGAAGCAAUACUAAAUUAGAAUACAAUGUAACAAUGUAAUAAUUAUGUUAGUGUAUAAUCGUGAAUCAUAUCUCAUUAUAUUUAUUUGAAGCAUGCGGGAUCAUUCUCUAAAUCAUUUCUCGUUCUGCGACGCCGAGAUGAGAAAACUAACAAACAUCAAGAGAUAUUGUAAAUACGAAUAAAUAGCGUAGAAAUUUUCAGCACUAUUUUCUGGGCGGAAGGUUUUUUUCAAACUUUUAUACAUGAAAGAGGAAAAAUAUGUUUCAAGAGCAUUUGCAGGGAUAUUUAAAAAUAUACAGCAAUAGAUAUAUAUUUUGCAUUUUAAAUUUUGCAGGGAUAU